AUGACGACCUGGGUAGCUCAGGUCGCCAGUGUCCGUCAGUUCAACGUUGCGAAACGAAGACUUGUUACUAGAGAUGCCACGGUCGCUCCAGUCCGAAAGGAAGAGUUCUCGUCGUUCGAGCACCCGAGAUCAGUCAUGGAAGAGUUGGUUCGAGAAAUAAGUGUAUUCUGUAUGUGGAAGGAGAUUCAUGCAUUGAACAUCGCCACUGCGGAAUGA